AUGUCUUCAGUUGCUUGCUCUUUUUCCCUUAAGCGAGUUCGGGCUCGGCCUAGCCAUAUCGGAGGCUACCCAACUACAACAACAAAGAACGAAGCUUUUCCUGUUCACGACUCUGCUGCCAUUUCAUCCGCUACAGUUAGCUCGAAAGCGAAUUCAGUCACCCCAGGGGGUGAAGGAAGAAGGAGGUGCUAUUGGGACAAGUCUAAACCUUGGCACGAACGGGAGAAGAUUCAAAUAGAAGAGGGUUUUAGCGGCUUCGGAAGGAGUUCCCAGUUGGUGACGUUAUACGUCGACAAGGUUUUAUCGGCCCGACAGUGUGUGCUCUUUGCCAGAAUAACUCGUAAUGAUGAUGAUGACGAGGAUCACCGUCCGAUUAUCAUUGAGUUCUGUGGGAGAAUUGAUGCAGUCACAGACUCAGAUUCUGAUGAAGAAACCCCUGAAGCAAAUCAAAUGACACUCAGGGGGGGAAAGAAGCUUCCAGAACCUCAACUUCCAGCAUCAAAAGGAAAGGGGAAGGAAGUCGAAACUCCGCAAAGUUCUUCAAAGCAACAAACUGUCCAGAGGGAAGAAAAAUUGGACUAUAAUGUCCUAGGCCAUCUUAGGAAGAUACCGUCGCUGCUUAGCGUAUAUGAUACUCUCAUGUUAUCGAAAGAGCUCAGUAAGGGUAAUAGCGAGUGUCCCUUCCGGACAGGGAUUCUCGGAGGAGAUAGUUCAGUAGAUGCAAAGGUUGACUUCUCUGUCGCUUCGAAGUCUUAUGAUAUGAAGAAUAUCAGAAAUCGACGCAUCGAGAAGGUUGAGUUCGACUAUUCCCUACUUAAGGCAGACGGGGACAAAACCGAACAGCAAGAAAGCAGGAAGAGAAGCCUAGAGGAAGCGCUAGGAAUGAGGCCAUUCAUUACACCUAUCGGAAACCAUAGGCUAGUUAAAGGGUCGUUUUCUACUUCGCUGAAAGAGAGACUAAUUUGA